UAGUCACUGUUCCAAGUGACGUGGCCUCAAUGACGGCACAAGUCGUGUUCGUACGGUGAAAUUUAGUACCUUUAAUUAAAUUAUAAAACAAUGCUGUAAUUAUGAGAACUUGAUACCGAAGUUUGCUCAAAAACAUUUUCAACUCGUUAAUGAGAGUUUACAACAAUCAUACGUUAAUUUACGUAACAACAUGACUACUUAUGAGGAGUUCAUUCAGCAAAAUGAAGACCGCGAUGGAGUACGUUUUACUUGGAAUGUUUGGCCCUCAUCCCGAAUUGAUGCCACAAGACUUGUAGUACCACUGGGAACUCUUUACCAACCGAUCAAAGAAAGACCAGAUCUUCCACCAAUACAGUAUGAUCCAGUUCUCUGCACAAGAUCUACUUGCAGAGCAAUUUUGAAUCCAUUGUGUCAAGUUGAUUACCGUGCUAAGCUAUGGGUGUGCAAUCUUUGCUUUCAGAGGAAUCCUUUUCCUCCACAAUAUGCAGCCAUCUCGGAACAACAUCAACCAGCUGAACUAAUCCCAAUGUUCUCAACAAUUGAAUAUACUAUAAUGAGGGCACAAUGUUUACCACCAAUUUUUUUACUGGUUGUGGAUACAUGUCUGGAUGAAGAAGAAUUGGGUUCUCUUAAAGAUUCAUUACAAAUGUCACUCUCCCUGCUUCCACCUAAUGCGCUAAUUGGCCUUAUUACAUUUGGAAGAAUGGUUCAUGUUCAUGAAUUGGGUUGUGAAGGAUGCAGUACGAGUUAUGUUUUCCGAGGUACCAAGGACUUGCAACCGAAACAAGUCCAGGAUAUGUUAGGUAUUGGUCGACCUAUGCCUGGACAAAACCCGAAUCAACAAAGAGGACCCGGCGGACAACCGUUACCGCCCGCUAAUAGAUUCUUACAGCCGGUCCAUAAGUGUGAUAUGAGUCUAACAGAUCUUCUAGGUGAACUGCAAUGUGAUCCUUGGCCUGUAGGUCCAGGAAAACGUCCGUUGCGAUCUACCGGUGUAGCGCUGGCUGUUGCUACUGGUCUAUUAGAAGCUAGUUAUGCUAAUACAGGAGCAAGGAUAAUGCUGUUCGUCGGUGGACCUUGUUCUCAAGGGCCUGGUCAGGUUGUAACGGAUGAUUUGAGGCAACCAAUCAGGUCACAUCACGACAUCCAAAAAGAUAAUGCCAAGCAUAUGAAAAAAGCAACUAAACACUAUGAUUCUCUCGCAUCAAGAGCUGCAACGAACGGGCACAUAAUUGAUAUUUAUUCGUGUGCUCUUGAUCAAACUGGUUUGCUAGAAAUGAGGCAAUGUUGCAAUUCAACCGGUGGUCACAUGGUCAUGGGAGAUUCCUUUAAUUCCUCAUUAUUUAAACAAACGUUCCAGCGAGUAUUUGCUAAAGACAAUAAGGGUGAUUUAAAAAUGGCAUUUAACGCAACGUUGGAAGUUAAGACGUCCCGAGAAAUUAAAGUUUCCGGAGCGAUUGGUCCUUGUGUCUCUCUGGGGGUGAAAGGAUCAAGCGUUGGAGAACAGGAAGUAGGAUUAGGUGGCACUUGCCAAUGGAAAUUCUGUUCUCUCACGCCGUCCACGACUACGGCGUUGUUCUUCGAAGUCGUGAAUCAACACACCGCGCCAAUUCCACAAGGUGGAAGGGGUUGCAUUCAGUUUAUCACACAGUAUCAACAUAGUAGUGGUCAGAGAAGAAUUAGGGUUACUACAAUUGCAAGAAAUUGGGCAGACGCAUCGGCGUCGUUGCAUCAUAUAAGCGCUGGGUUUGACCAGGAAGCAGCUGCUGUUCUUAUGUCACGUCUAGCAGUGUUUAAAGCGGAAGGCGAUGAUGGUCCAGAUGUUUUAAGAUGGGUUGAUCGUAUGCUCAUUAGACUGUGUCAAAAGUUUGGAGAGUAUGCAAAGGACGAUCCAAACAGUUUUAGACUUGCCGAGAACUUUUCAUUAUAUCCACAAUUUAUGUAUCAUUUGCGUAGAUCGCAAUUCCUUCAAGUAUUCAAUAAUUCUCCUGAUGAAACUAGUUUUUAUAGACACAUGCUCAUGCGUGAAGAUUUAACAAAUUCAUUGAUAAUGGUACAACCAAUCUUGUAUAGUUAUGGAUUCAGUGGUCCACCAGAACCAGUUUUAUUAGAUACCUCGUCUAUUCAACCUGAUAGAAUUUUAUUGAUGGAUACUUUCUUCCAAAUACUCAUAUUCCACGGAGAGACAAUUGCGCAGUGGCGUCAAUUGAAGUAUCAGGAUUUACCCGAAUAUGAGAACUUCCGGCAGUUAUUGGCAGCACCCGUUGACGAUGCUGCUGAAAUACUGGCUGGAAGGUUUCCUGCACCUCGGUACAUCGAUACCGAACAAGGUGGUUCACAAGCGAGGUUUUUGCUAAGUAAAGUGAAUCCAAGUCAAACUCAUAAUAAUAUGUAUGCCUAUGGAGCGGGGAUGCCGAUACCCAGUGGGGAGAGCGGAGCGCCUGUCUUAACUGAUGAUGUCAGUCUACAAGUAUUCAUGGAGCAUUUGAAGAAAUUGGCUGUAUCGUCCACAGCCUAAAUUGCAACCCUCAUCGUUUUGUAUAUGCAAAAUUUAGUACUAAAGGAUGAGGAGUUAGUUGCAAGUACAAGGAUAAAGUAGAUACAGCGCGAAUUUAUACAUAUAUAUAAAAAUAAUUACGCUAUAAUAAUGAAAAUAUAUAAUUAAUUAAACAUAA